CGAGAAGGCAGCAUGUCGACCGACGCCCUCACGCAGCCGUUUGCCGACGGUGCCGGUGCGUCCGUCGGCCGUGAUGCCCCUGCCCUGCCGACGCCGCCAUCGGCGCUGGCUUCCUCCCCGGUGACCGGGGACUCCUCGACCAGCGGCCCCGAUUCCGGCUCCUCCGACCAUGCCAACGGGUUUCUCAUUUGCUUCGGCUGCCAGCAGCCCAUCAUUGAUCGCAUUGUCCAUGCUCUGGGGGAAACCUGGCACCCGGAUCACUUUGCCUGCUCGGACUGUCGGAUCUCCCUGGCCAAUCGGCCCUUCUAUCGCCAUGAAAAUCGCCCCUACUGCGAUCAGCACUACUUGGCCCUGCAGCGACGCCUCCGUCGCGAGGCCAAGGCCGGCCUGACCACCUCCAAGACGUCUUCAUCCCCCGGGCCAUCGGACCGGAAAACGGCCAAGGACCGCCGGGCCGGGGCCAGCAAGCGUCGACCCACCGACGCCUCGACCAUCCUUCCGCCACGGCCCAUCAGCCCGACCAACACCCAGGCACCAGCAGCAGCCGCCGCCGCCGCCGCCGCCCUGGCCCCGUCGCCUGCUCCGGCGUCCCUUCCACGGCGCCUGUCCUCGACGCCGGCCCCCCUCAAGCUUUCCAACUCCAAUGCCAGCUUGAAUGUUGGCGGCCCGCCGAGUGCCGGGUCGCUGGUUUCCCCGCGGUCACCCUCCUCCAGGCCGAACUUGUCCAUCUCCAUCCCGGUGAGUCCCUUCAGUCCGGAUUCGCCACACGCGCGCGCCCCCGGGUCAAUCGGCCGUAAUGCUGCCGCAGCCACCGGCCCCGGGGCCACCGCCGCAACUGCUUCUCUCACGGGCCCGACCUCUUUGCCGGCCGUGGCGCCGCUCAUUCCGGACCUCGAUGUCUCCUCCUCCCUGGCGAGCCUGGUCGAAUCGAUCACGGCCCCGGCAUCGGCCCAAUCCCUCCAUCCGCCGGACAUCCCGGGCCCGGGGUCGAUGCUCAUCAAUCGCGCGGCUUCUUCCGGGGGCUUUUCCCGCCAUGCUUCCGAAUCGACCGUCCCCCUGCCGGGCGGACCAUUGCCAUCUGAGCAGGAGGCUGAUGCACUCAGUCCCCUUUCGGAUCCCUUCCUCAGUUACUAUCACCCGUCGCUUGGUGAUGCUUUGACGUCCUACAACAAUGCCCCCAAUGCCCACCCCGCGGCCUCCUCCUCCUCCUCCUCCUCCACCACCACCACCACGGUCUCUUCCCAUGCCUCGGCCUCUUCGACCACGUCCUCCUUCGGGUCGGCAUCCGGUGCCGGGCUGGUGGCCCCACUGAACGACCCUCACAGCCAUGGCCAGAGUGCCACCAGCAGCGUCCUGGCCGACCUGUUCGAGGCGUUGGAGGCCGACGAGGAGCUGGCCCUGGCCGGGGGCAUGUCAUCGCCCAGCUCCGACACCCUGGUUACCACGAGCCCGCGGCUGGACUUCCUGGAGGACGGCUGCCUGACCUCCGAUGAUGAGUCGGCCGCUGGUGCCUCCUCCUGCUCUUCCUCCUGCUCUUCCUCCUGCUCGGCCGGGCUGUCCUCCGGAAGGACGUACGUUGUUGAUGAUGGUCGCCAUCCGAUCCGGGAGCGCUCCUCCUCGCGAUCCUCCUCGGAAGAUGGCGGUGCAUCCAUGGUCGUGUCGUUGGUCCCGUCGCCGGCGGCCGCGGCGGCGGCCGCCGCGUCGGCCUCGCCAUCGGCGCCGCCGGGCGCCGAGGGCCCGGCCAUUGGUGUCACUCACCACAGUGGGGGCGACGAUGCCCCAACCACUGCCAGCGGCUCCUUCAACAUCACCACCUCGUCCCCCACCGUGGACGAGUCACGGCCCUCGGGCCCCAACGCCGCCGCGACCGGUGGCCCCCUCGGCACCACGGCCAUGGUCCCGCCGAAUGCCUUUGUGGCUGAGCUGCGGCGGCAAUUGCAGGAUGCAUUGCUGCUGAACCGCCAGCAGGAAGACCUGGUGGCCCGGCUCACGCGGAGCCUCGCCACCAAGGACAAUGACCUGCAGGCGUGCUUGGUGUACCUCCGUGCACGGGAUGACGAGGUGGCUGCCCUGCAGGCCCGCGCAGACCUCAUGCAGGAUAUGCUGGCCGCGCGGCAGGCCGAUUUGGAUGCCAGCCGCGCGGAGGUGGCCACCCUGACGCAGGAUCUGGCCAUGCGCGAUGCCCAGCUUCGUGAACGGUCGACCCAGCUUCGCGAGGCGGUGUCCCAGGCGGAUCGCUUCCGUCGGAUGUUGGAGCAAGAGCGCUCCAGUGGGCAGGGGCGGCCAUCGCCGCUGCAUGUGGCCGCGGCGGCGGCGGCGGCGACUGCCGCCGUGUCUGCCAUGCCGGCGGCCGGCCCGCCGGUUCCCCUGAGCACGACGCCCUCCGCCGCGGGUGGCAUGGCUUCGGCGACGACCGGCGCCUAUCACCACCUGCCCGGCAUGUCGUCCGGCGCCCCGGCAUCACACUUCCUUCACCCCUAUCAGUAUCAGGUCCAGUAUCAGCAGCAGGCGGCCCAGUAUGCGGCGGCGGCCUUUUCUUCGGCCUCCUCGUCAUCCUCGGCCUCCGGGGUGUGUCCCUCUUCGCCGGCGUCCUCCUAUGCGCCGUCUGUGGCGUCCUCGGUGUCCUCGGCCACCAUGGCCGCCGUGGGCGGGGCCACCGGCGCCGGUGGCGGCCUUGUCAGCCUGAUGCCCUCCCCGGUGACCACCACCGGCGGCAGUCAGACAUCCAGUGGGGGCUCGAGCCCGGUCCGUGCGCGCAGCCCCUCACCAAGUCCGCUCAUGCCCUCGAUCACCUCGUCUCUGGUGAGCGGGACCUCGCCACGGGUGCGGCUCCACCGGCAAAUCUUCAUCGUCCAGCCGCGGCGCUCAUCCCUGGCCCCGGUGUCCGCGCAUUUGCCCACCCCGCACCACCAGCAGCAGCUGUCCCAUCCGUCGGAGUCCUCCUUCUCCUCCCUGCUUGGGAAUGGUGGCGGUGGUAAUGGGGGGAGCCCCAUUCCGCCCGGGUCCCCGCUUUCGGCUGCCCAGUCAGCCAGCCUGCCCCGGACGAUGCCCUCCUCGACGAUGGUGGUAUCGGUGAACCCCUCCAAUGGCGGGGCUGCCGCCACGGCCGAGGAUGGUGGGCCGCCUCCGGCUGCAGCCACUCUCCAGCUCCUGCGCCAGUACCACCAGCACGCGACACCGGAGGACUUGACCGUGGCCGGGCACGAUCUGCAGAAGCACGCGCAGCACCAGCACCAGCUAAGCAGCAGCAGCAGCAGCAGCAGCAGCAACAACAACAACAACAGCGGGCCCAGCACCGGCAGCUGCUUGCGUUCCUUCUCGGGGCAUCUCCGGAUCAGUAGCGACACUGACAUCGGAUCCGGCACGGUCAAUGCGACUGGUGGCACCGCCAACCGCCAUCCCGUGGCCCUGGCCUCGGUGCCGCAGUGA